AUGACUGUAUAUGUAAGCACCUACAGCUACAUAGUACAUGUACAAGCUAAUGCAAACAAGAUGGGAAACACUUGGGAGAGGCUAGCAAGCAAAUUCAGAGACCAAGAGUACAGGAUCCUUAUAUGUGGCCUAGACGCUGCUGGUAAAACUACUGCUCUUUACAUGAUCAAACUUGGAGAAGUUGUCACAACUAUCCCCACUAUAGGGUUCAAUGUGGAGACUAUUAAACAUCGAGGUAUUCAAUUAGUAGCUUGGGAUGUGGGCGGGAGAAGUGGAACUCGUGCUCUGUUGAGGCACUACUAUAAAAACACAGAAGCCAUUGUCUUUGUAAUAGACAGUAAUGACAGAGAGAGGAUGAACGAAUGUAGGGACGACCUACAGGUUUUGUUACAAGCGGAAGAACUGAAAGACUGUACUCUAUUAGUCCUAGCCAACAAACAAGAUCUGGUUGGAGCCAUGACAACAGAUGAGGUCAGAGAGAAAUUGGGACUUGACUCAGAAAUGGAGAGCAGAAAAAUUCAUAUUGAAGGCACUUGUGCCACUAAAGGAGAAGGUCUCUAUAAGGGACUGGACUGGCUGGCUUCUACACUCACAAGCAAAAAGAAACAAAGGGACAAAAGCAAGCCUAGCUGGUGGACAUCGCUUACUAGAUAUUUUCCACUUAGACAGGCUACCUAAAAGUAUUAUGACAUUGAUUCUUAUACCAAUUGAAAUGUGUUUUAUAACAAUUAUUAUUUUUCCUCA